GCAAAAUACAGCAGUUUAUGCACCAAUCACAUUUGAGGAAAUUGUAAUUGUGAUUAAAGAGGAAAUGUGUGAGCUAGAGACCAAAACACUGUCUCAGUUUGUAUUACUAGUAAGUGUAUAGGUGUGUUAAUUUAAGACAAACUAUAUGAACUAGAAACCAAAACGACUGACCAUAAUAGCGGCCAACAAGAUCCCAGACUCUCUCUACUUUGCCAAGAAGAGAGAGCCUGGGCAUGAGAUUGAAUAAUGGCAAGGUGUCUUUAUUUGCGGUUGUUCGUAAACUAGGGUUUCUUUAGUCCCUGGUUUUCUAGUGAUCAAGACUUAGAUUCUCUUUUCUAUUUUCCCCACAAAUUCAAAAAGCCAGGUUUCGAGAGAAAAAUACGCAAAGUUUUCUUUCAGUUGAGGUAUUCUUUCUUUAGACAGCCUCGACAGCCACAAAAGCAGUGCAGCUGAGGCGAAAGGUGCUCUAGGUUUGCAGGAAAGGGGGAAACCACAGAAUAUUUGGACAAACACAGAAGCUUUUAUGUUGGAGCAGACUAAGUCCUCUUUAAGUGGAUCCGUGUUAUGCCAUUUUUCAAAUACAUACAGGGCCUUAGCUAGUGAUGGGCAAACCAAGGCACUUGGCUCUUUUUUCUUCUUCUUCUUUUUUUUGUUUUUUGUUUUUUUUUUCUUUUUUUCUUGUAACAGCUGAUGUUAGCCUUUGCGAACCCGGAAUAUCUUCAAGUUUAAAUAUUUUGAUAAUGACAGCCGGAAAACGACCAAUCACGCAACCAACAAAUAUUGAAAUUAAUCUCUAUGUAGCAAAUAUCCUUGCAAUUCAGCGCCUUUCCAUGGCCAGACAAAAUCAGUCAGUUACUGAAGUUUCUUUUUCUCCAGAACUAGAAUAAAAUCAGAUAACGCAAUACCAGUUCAGAGGAAUGGAAAUAAAACUGAAAAUAAGCGAUGUACGUGACAUCCAGCGGGAAGGUACCACGUCUGACGUCAAACGAUCUCUUCACGUCAUGGAAAAGUCUCUUCCCUUGGUUUUCACGAUUUCUACAUUUACAGAGUACAGCCAGCAUUUCUCAGGUUGUGAAAGGAACUCCUACUUCACAGGAAUUAGUAUGCUUUCGAGGGGUUUUGUUUCAGCCGUGUCCCUGCUUCGAGCAUCGGGAUCGAGAGUUUUUACAGCUUCCAUAAAGGGGGGUCUCUACACGAGGCUAAAUGGCAGAACUCUUCGUCCGGUUUCGUCUGUUUUGUGCCGUCACAUGAGCAACAAAGAAAAGCGUUCUACAGCAGAGAGUGUUCAGAAAAUCAAGAAACCACUGACACUAUCUGAUAUGAGUGACACAGGCAGGAAAGGCUCAAAAAGUUGCCAUCACUUGCGGACAUUUUUCAAUGUAAUAGACCGGGUUCUAACUUGGUUGGAAGUCACAGUGGUUGGUUUCUGUCUUUGGUUCGUCAUGAUAUUGUAUGGGACGGAAUAUGACACACUCAAGCCGAUGACAGGAAACAGUAGGACUUCUGCUACCACUGACGAAGAGAGUGAUAGUGAAAAUUAGUGACAGCUGAACAUUGACUUAUAAGCACGCCAUUUCGUCUCUGAGUCAACGCUAAAAUGUAGUAAACUUGUAUUAACAAUCAGCAAUCCUUUUCUACCUCAAACGCCAUUAUACUGUAAUUGUAAGGACGAUGUUUAAUGCAGAUAAGCAAAGCUAGAAGCCAAGUGGAAAACGUAACAAAUCAUUUAGCCUCUCCUGCUCCAGUCUCCAGGAUGAUAAUUGAACUCUUUAUGGCUGGUUACUCGGGACGCAGUUCAUUUUGUUUCCUAUUAAUCUCAUUGUUUCGCCUAGCAAGGCAGAGCUGAGGGAAAUUUUGAGAUUGGGGUGGGGGGUGGCAAUAGGGCACGGUACUUUGUUUGGGUUAGUGGAGACAUUUUGCCCACCUAAACGCUGAAAGUGUUACACAAA